AUGUACUCUGAAGAAUCACUCGAUAGGAAUACACCUCUAGCAGCUUGUUCUCUUGCCUUUAAGGUACAAUUUAAUCUGCAGAAAGAUAAAGGUGUGGAGAAUAUUAUUCGUCUCUCCACAAGAGGUCCUUCCACCAUUAAGGUUGUUAAAGAUUUACAAAUAGAAAUUGUUUCGGAGGAAAUUGAGAGAGCCCUGAGAAAGCUAUGUUAUGAAGCUACUAUUAGUAUUCAUCAUCGUGGUGUCAUUGAAGAGUUGGAGAGAAAUGAGAAUGGAAAGGUGAAAAGAUUUAAAGCUGUGAUGAGCACAUUCACUUUGGGAGGUGGUUUUGUUGAGGUUGAUUUGGAGAAGGGAAGUGUUUUGGUGACUGUGAAUGGAUUAUUGAGUGAUAGAUCUGUAUUUGAAGUGAUUGAAGGUGAAAUUAUUGAAACAUUGUGUUGUUGA